UCAGUUGACUGCAGUCCGUCAUUGCGAUACGACCUCGUCAUCAUCACCUCAAGAUCAUCAUCUGGGGGAAGAUCUAUCUUUAUUAUCCACGUAACCAUUUUUUUUUAUUUCGAACAGUUACUCUGUAACGACAUUGGAUUUUGUUUGAUUUUCUACAAAACCUGCGUGAUGAAUUACUCAUUUCAUAUCUGGUAAAUUCCCAUGAUUACUGUUAACGGACGAGUUUUUUUUUAGACUUUUUUUAUCGAGAAAAUAAAACUAGAUAUUUGAGAUUUGUUCCUGAAAAGGUGAGAAAUAAUUUCAGGUGGAGCGAUUUUACCUCAUAUUCUUCAAUGCGCACGCUGUAUGUGACUUUGAGAAAGAUAUAUUUUCUUCAGUAAGGAUUCCACCCACAUUGCUCUUGAACGACAAGUGUGUAUUAUAGCCAGAUGCAGCGUUUUGACCUUCACAAUGCACGGAUAAGCCGUUGAUGAUACCUGGUCCGCUGAGGAAUAAAAGUGAUUUAUACAAACGAGAAGAAUUAAAAAUAAAGAGAGACAUGAUGGUUGGGAUUUGUUACACCAGAGCCUGUUUCAUUCCCGCUAUUAUCUGUCUUCUUUGGAGUGGUUCCGUUAACAGUGAAGAUGCUAAGCAUAGUCAGGUGGAUAAGAUUGACGUAAGAAGUGCAUCGAGAUCGCUUAUUGACUGGCGACAUCGUGUACGACGGGCAUCAUUGACCAGCGUGUGGUCAUCAUGGAGUGGAUGGUCAGCGUGUUCGAGAACGUGUGGCGGUGGAGCACAGUUUAAGACCAGACAUUGUAUGAGUAGGAUUCCGAUGAGGUAUAUGACAGGAGCUCUGACCUGCCCAGGAGACAGGAGAAAGUAUCGAACGUGUAAUAUAAAGGACUGUCCCCACCAUCAUCUUGACUACAGAUCAGCUCAGUGUGCUGUCUUCAACCAACGUGAUAUUCAAGGGAAUAUAAUCAGAGAAUGGCUACCAGUAUACAAUUCUCAAGAGGAAUGUGAGUUAGUAUGUCAUACAUCUGAUGGAGCCUAUAUGUAUACAUUUGGAAGAGUACUGGAUGGAACGCGUUGCCGAUUUGAAGAUCGGGAUAUGUGUAUCAAUGGAAAAUGUAAUAAAGUUGGAUGUGACGGAGUAUUAUAUUCCAAUCUGACCAAGGAUUCAUGUGGUGUUUGUGGAGGGCUCAAUGAGACAUGUGGAUACGUUAGGAAUGUAUAUACAGAUGAAUAUCCAGUAAAAGGUUAUUACAGGUAUAGUAAGAUUGGGUCAAUACCAGCUGGAGCUACCAACAUCAGGAUCAAUGAUAAAAGUGGACUCAAUUAUAUAGCCAUAAAGGACGAGUCCAAUAAUUUCAUUUUGAAUGGUGACUGGACCAUUAGCUGGCCUGGAAGCUAUGAAGCAGCUGGUACAUCUAUAUUCUAUGAUAGAAAGAAUGAUGGAUUGGAAAAUGUGAUAGCUGAUGGACCUCUUAAUAGUUCAUUAAAUCUUAUGAUCAUAUUUCGGGAGCGCAACCCAGGUGUGGAGUAUGAGUAUUGGCUCCCACCCAAGACUAAAGAUAAUGAAGUACAUAGUAUCAACUAUAACAAUGAGAUACAGAUGCUUCCAUUCUUACCAGAAGUAUUAAAAGGAACACCAGAAAAGAAGAAAUUUGGUACAAUUGAAUCAACAAAUAAGAAGCAACUCCCUGAACGUGAAGAAUCUGUUCCGCCCGCCUCAUCGCCAGCAGGCAACGAGAAAAGGCCGGCAUUAAAGAGUUCUGGUAAAAAGAGUAAAAGAAAGAACAAAAACAAUAAUACUCGAAAAGAGAAAUGCGGCAAAUGCAAAAGGGUGAAGGGUCGAUCGGUGCACUUCUGUAAAGGGUCCUAUGCAAUCUUAUUUGAAGUCGUCGGCCAGGCAACCAUCGAUGGCGAAACACGAUACGACGUUGCCAUCGAGGAGAGCUUCAAAAACCAGAUGCAACUUAACCAUCGGGAGUACUUAUGGGUUACCAACUCAUGCCCCUGCCCUAAGCUACGAACAGGUGGUCGAUAUAUCGCAACCGGUGAUCGAGUCACGGACUUAGAGUCAGGCGAGAGCAGAUUAACUUUAGAGCGGGAAAACUUGGUUGUCAAGUACAAAGCAGGAUUGAGAGAAUCUUGGAAUCGAUUGCAAAGGAAAGAAGAAUCCAUUUGCUCUAAAUAUCUCUGAAAAUUAUUGGGAAUAAAACUGUUACAUGCUGCUUUGAUUUGAUUGAAAAAAAAUUGUACUUCUUGUUGACGUGCUUUAACAUGACAUGGAGAGACUACCAUUUGAUGUGCCCCUUCCAAACAAUUAAAAUGGCUUUUCUCUUUUAUCUUCUUUAAUGCAAUGUGUAUUUAUAAUUAGCAUGUAUACCAUGAGGUAGAUCAAUACAUAUGGCUUACCAAUGUAGGAAAUACCUUUUAGAAUAUAGGCAUUUGCUACAAGUAAUAUUUUGAAUUCAUUACCAACCUGUGUUAAAAGCAUAAAUGCACAAGGUUAUGAAAUUCCAAAAGCUUCUUGAACAGAUGAAAAUUGGUGCUAACAUCCCAGGAUGGUUUCAAAUCAUUACUUUGAAAUGAAUUUGCUGAUUUUUUUUUAAAUAUUCAAAUAGUAGGCAGUUUCAAAUAAUAAAUUGAUAUUUUUGAGAAACCUGAGCUGAACUCAUAUGUUCACAUGAAAACAAUCAGGAAACUCUCAUUAGGGAAACAGACAUAAAGAAAAUUACAGCAAUAUUGGGAAAAAAAAUCCAUGGAUAAUCUUCUGAAUUGAUGAAUUUACAUAAAUCAAGUACAUGUAAUUAUUAGUUUCAUUGAAAACACAUAAAGAAUGGAAGUUAAACAAAUUACCUUAAGUUUAAAUUCUGUAUUUAAUAAAUCACUUGAUUAUAGUAAUCAUAAUGCGUAGAUAAAUAAUUGCUAUACAUAAAAUAUAAAAAUUUCCAUCACCAUACACUUGUGCAACUGGCGUGAAGUACUAUUAUUCUCAGACAAAUAUGAAAUUGUUUCAUAAUUCACCUCCAAAAUAUGAAAUAUAAAUUAUGCAACAUAACGGAUUUGUAGCUUUGUUUUAAAAAUGUUUGAAAAAAAAAUAUAUAAAAAAUUAAGGGAUUUCUCUUUUAAAAGAUCAUAAAUUUACAUCAUGAAUUCAUUAAAAUAUCUGAUAAUCAUGAAUAAGUACAGUGCACAAAAAUGCCAACACGAGAGCACUCGGAUAUACUGCAGAGCUCAACACAAAGAUCACAAAUCAGGUGCAAGUUUCAAAUGGCAAUUCUGAUUGGAUAUUAGUUGUAAUGUUGACCAUCAAGCCCAUGCAAUAAUGAUCUUGAAUUAGUCUGCAUGCACAGACUAAAAUUUGACACUUUAACCAAAUAUAACGGCCCGAAUUCACAAACAUUGUUUUGAAAACCCACGGUUGAGUCCAUGGUUUAUGCGGAUUUUCUGUAUAAAUUACACUUAAUUUAGCGCGUAUAUGGUGCGUGUAUCAGAAAUUCAAAUUCUGAUGUGCGCUUUUGUCACAGUGCGCAAAUUUGACGCCUGUUACCAUGGUUAGAUACGCUCUUUUAUUAAUGAAUCCACUGUAUUUAUUCAUGAGUCCACUCUUCAAACAGUGGACUCAUGAAUGAAAUAGCGCAUCUAACCAUGGUAACAGGCGUCAAUUUGGCGCAUUGUGACAAAAGCGUGCAUCAAAGUUUGACCAUUUUUCAUACACGAUCGAGCCAGAUACGUGCUAAAUUAAGCGUAAUUUAUACAAGAAUUCUGCAUUAACCAUGGACUCAACCGUGGGUUUUCAAAACCACCUUUGUGAAUUCGGGCCACUAUGUUUAUAAUGAAUACUCCCUGUCUGAGGUACACGCAGCUACAACACAAAGUGAAUCUAGUCUCACUAUUUCAGACUCUACAUUAUACACUCAGCGAAUAGAGAAAACCUAAGGUCUGUGCCUGCAGACUAAUGUUGACUGGCCAUGUCACUGACCACCUUGUAAUCAAUUGGGAAUUGUUGUGGUUUGGGGGGGGCAGAUGAGUUCAAAAUGACUCAUAACCUUGCUACUUUGAGUAUUUUGAGCUGUGUUCUUGAAAGCCUAACAUACAACACAUUGGAUAAAUCCUGAAUUCAUUAGUUCAUGGUGACAUAUUAAGCGUCAUGAUUCUUUAAAAAAAACAUCACAACCAUACUAUUGGCAAAAGCUCAACAUACACCGACUUCCACUGUAAAACGCAAUUAUAAUACCUGUACGUUAUAAGGAUAUGUGCCUAUUGUUUAUAACUUUUGACUUGUAUAUAAGAGGUGUACAGAUUUCUAUACUUGUUAUUUUGUAUUACAGUUUUGUGAAUUGUACAUAUGUUUUCAAUAAAAUAUCAGAAUUUACUG